ACAUCACUCAAAUGUCUGCUGAGCUUAUCGACACCGCUUCCACAUCUCCAGUGCCUCCUUUCAUAUUCUCCACCCUCCUUCUUUCUCGUGGCCUCACCGCUACACGUCCAAUUGACAAGAUUGCCAGUGGAAGCUCCGGGGCGUCCGCCAGAUUGGCUCUGACUUUGGCCCUCGCCAAACCCACCCGAGUUUCGUGCUUUUUGUUUGGCUUCACCAAUCUCCUUGGCAGUUAUAUGAUUUAUGACAACGAGUUGGAAAACGGCGCCGGCUUCACCUUCGCGUGGUCCACCUUGUACCUUCUUGUCAACGGUGGGGCCAGCAUCAAAAGUGCCAUCCGUGGGAGAGUCGUACCGUUGGGAUUGAGUGUAUUGGCAUUGGGAAACGUUGGGUUAUACGGAAGACAGUACUUUUGGCCUUCUCGUAAACUCAUCGCCUAGUACCUAGUCCCAGGAAAGUGGGAGAUAGUUGCGUUCCUGGCAAAACAGCACGAUCUCCGUCUGGUUGUAUAGUUCAAUAAAUUGCUGGUCCAUGGGCCUUUCUUUAGGAGCCGCAAACCGUCUGUACUCAUCAAAUAUAAUCGUUAA